AUGAGAUUAGAAUCAUUAGCAAAUGAAAUAUUAUUAGAUUUAUUUGAAUUUAUCAAUGGUGUACAUCUUCUUCGUGCGUUUUUUGAUCUUAAUUCUCGUUUUAAUCAAUUACUUGUCGUACAUUUUCAACGAUAUGAUAUGGAUUUUCGUUCAAUUUCUAAACAAUAUUUUAAUAUUAUUUGUAAACAACAUCUUCCAUUAAUUAUGAAUCGAAUUGUUUCAUUACAUUUAUCAAAUGAUGAUGAAACUCCAAAUUUACCUAAUGUAUUUCUUUCUUAUGGUUUUACUCUUGAUCGUUUCAAUCAUUUACAGUCACUUAAACUAUAUUAUAUUCGUUCUAUUGAUUUAUUAAAUCAAAUCAUAAAUCAAUGUCUUCAUCUACCGUAUCUUCUAGAACUUGAUAUGAUUGAUUGUUAUUUUCUCUAUGAGAAAGAAAAUAUUCGGAACUUAAUUAAUACUAUUUGGAGUUUACCUAAAUUAACUCAUUGGAAAUUUAAUCGUCCAUUUUCAAGUGGAAUAUGGUUAGAAGAAAUUUCAACAAUUUCAUCUUCAAUUAAAUAUUUAUCUAUCGAAAAAACUGAAUGUUAUUUUACAAAUUUAUCUCAUUUAUUUAAAUAUACACCUUAUCUUCGACAAAUAUCUACAAGUAUUCCAAUUGAUUUUGAAGAUAUACAAUUUCAAACAAUUAUUUCAUCAAUGAUAUCAUUGAAACUCAUAUUUAAUAGUUAUUGUAUAUCAUCGAUGAAAAAUCUUUUUCAAAUUAUGCCAAAUUUACAUUAUGUAACUCUUCAUAUAACAUCUUUUUAUUUAGAUGGAUAUGAAUGGGAAAAAAUUCUAACAGAUUAUUUACCUAGAAUAAAAAAAUUUCACUUAAAAAUGCAUUUAAAUUAUCCAAAUUUCUAUCGAAAAGAAAAUGAAAUCAAUAAAUUUCUUGAUUCAUUUCGAACUUAUUUUUGGAUUGAAAAACAUCAAUGGUUUGUUCGAUAUGAUUGGAAUCCAUCUGAUAUAAAUGGUUAUGGUAUUCUUUAUACUUUACCAUAUGUUUUUAAAGAUUUUAUUUAUUCAAAUGAAUUUUUAUCAAAAUCAACUUGUAUUAAUGAUAGAAAUUAUUCAUCAUAUGAUUAUGUUACAAAUUGUUUACAGAUAAAUGAUAAAAAUAAUUUAGAAAGUUGUUCAUUUCUUUCUUCUUUUCAAUUUCCAAAUAUUCGUCAUCUUGAAAUUAAUUUUCCAUUUAAUGAUAAUCUUUGGUUAAUAAUUCCAAAAUUUAAUCAAUUAACUUCACUCUAUAUAAAACUAUUAGGCAACAAUUUAAAUUAUAAACAAUUACAAGAAUUAUUUAAUCGAGCAUCUCAUCUUGAUUCACUGACAAUUGGUAUUGAUAGUUGGAUUUCUAUUGAUUUUGAAUUUUUUAGACUUGAAAGUACAUCAAUUCGACAAGUUCGUUUUGUUAGAAAAAAUAAAUUAACUAUUCAAUAUUUAAAUAAUAGAGAAUUUGAUACACUCAUUAAUUCUUCUAUUGUUUUUCAUUGUAAUGUUCUUGCAUUAGGUAUUGAAAAUCGAACAAAAGUUCUUGAUCUAAUUAAAACCGUGUCUAAUUUACAAUCAUUAAUUCUACAAUGUCAAGAUGAUACAUCGAAUUAUAUUGAAUCUUUAUCAAUAAAUGAUGAACUUAUUGAAUGGUUAUGUUCUUGUUUACCAUC